AUGUUUGCAUACAAGAUAGCCGGACCGUCGCUGCGGUGCGCAUGCUACGCGUCUCAGCCACCAGCGAUUUCCGUCUUUCGUCCAACCGUGUCAAGGCUUCGCUACCUUUCGCAGCAGCGCGCACAAUACGCCCAGCUGAGAAGUGAAGCCCCAAGACCUAACAACGAACAGCCACCUAUACCGGAAGAAGUACUACGACGGGCGGUGGACGAUGGUUCCGACAACACAUAUACACAGUUUCCCAAAGUCAAAGUGAGAUACUUCAUUCCUGCGAUUUGGGCACUUUCUGUAUCCGGCGGCAUCUUCUACGGUCUCGCCUACCUAGAGGCCAAGAGCGAACUCAAAUCCAAACCAGCAUCUGGUGGAGGAUGGCUUCAAGCGUCACAAUGGAGUACAAAACAACGUGGCCCGCCGACCCCGACUGAAGUCGUGACUGGAGCCUGGACUAAUCUUGACCCAAUUUCGAGAGUCACGUAUGGAAUUAUUGGAGCCAACAGCGGUAUCCACCUGAGCAGCUUUCUACUGCCCAGAGCCUGGGAAACACUAUGGCAUCUGCCCGCUCGCAACGUCAAUUACACCCAAUUUACAUCCAUGUUUGUACAUGGUGGAGCUUUGCAUUUCUUCGUCAAUAUGUACUUCUUGAACAACUUCAUGGCACCAGUCGGAUACUCUCGCCUAUUCGAGGGCAGCCCGUACCAUACAUUGUCGUUCUAUCUCUCAGCUGGUGUGCUUUCGGGCUUCGCUCAACACUGGACAACUUUGAGCACUCGCAUACCUUUUCAUAGGCGACCAAUCCCUGAAAUCUUUAUUCGUUCCGGAGGCGCAUCAGGAGCACUGUUCGGAAUUCUUGGAGUCUUCUGCAUGCAAUACCCUCAUGCUGGCCUAGGAAUAUUAUUUGUCCCUGUACAUUUCGACGCGCAAUACGUGCUGCCCGCGAUCCUACUUUUCGAUCUGGUUGGCAUUAUUCGUGGGUAUAGCUUUGUGAACUUUGGUCACGCAGCUCACUUCGCUGGUGGAAUGCUGGGCGUAGCAUACUCGUAUUUCGACGGAAAGACAAAUCUUUGGAAGCCAUUGGAGAGCUCCAAGAGCGCUCAAGAGCAUAUAUUCCACAUAUACACCAAUACUCUUUCCAUUCUAGAUGGAAGCAUGCAAGCUAACAUAUCCAGUAACAGCGUCACCAUCGCGCUCGAACCUGGUGAUGGUUCUCAUGUUCCCUUUGAACUCAGUAGUCGCAUGCGUAGGCGAUGUUUCGUAUUGAGCGCGAUACCCCCAGGUGCUAUACUGCGAAGUGUGCAAUUCGAGCCUUUCCGAGCUGUGAUGAACUACCUAGACAGCGGAGAGUGUUCCCCAAUCUUCACAGGUCUGGCCGAGGGCAACGCAUCCCUACUUCUCUUCGCUCAAACGUGGGUGCUAGCGGCGCAACUUGGUCUAACUGGAUUGCAGAAUGAUCUCAUGACGAUGAUGAUUGGCAUUCAUACCAACAUCAUCAACGGAAGAGGUACAGACUUGGACGUCCAGUACACUACCGACGAGUCCCUCCUUGAAGCUUUUCAACAUCUUCGAGACCAGAUCGGACGCAACAGUCAUGCCGAAAACUUCCUCAUAUGCUUUGCUGGUAGGACGGCACCUUCAAUCAGCAAACUGGAACGAAACCUCAAUACCGCGAAGACUGACCUUGCUAUUCGAAAUGAAAUAUUGGCGGAAGCACGAUCGUUUAGUCCAGAUCCCAUCAAGAAUCAGCCAGAGAUGUUCUUUGUUAACGACAGGAGGCGCCCUUCUUACCCACAACUCGAGAUACAGCCAAACAAAACAGGUUCAGAUAACGGAUGUUGGACAUCCACUCACACAACACAUCCGAUCGAUGUAAACGACGCCGAUAGACCACAACUGACCAAAACUUUUGGAGGAUUCGGUAAUGGUAUACAAAAGCACUCGUCGAAGAUGCCUAAGCACAAAUAUCAUGUAGGCCAUCCCAGAUCUCCAGAUUCUACUCACACGCUACUACGUAGCUCGUUCUCCAACCAGCCAGAUGAGGCUCGUGAUCCCAGAGUGCGCAUACAUGUGGGCGACCCCGAUGAGCCAAAUCUGUCGUAUCCUUCACAGGGUGUGGACAAUCACAAUGGUGACCUUAGUGCUUCCACUGUAGGCCAUGAUGGCGUGUUGCACUUGGAUCGACCUCCGUCAUUACCAUUACCAUCGGCGCUACCGCCGCUUUCCUCACCAUCACCACCUUCGGCAUCCCUGAAAUGCCCACGCCCGCCUGUGUCUUCGCACACUCACUUACCAUCUCACCGGUCCUUUGUUGGUUCCCAAGAUCGAAGACUCGAGGCGCCAUGCGUCAUCCAAGUCUUCCAGUAUAACAACAAGGCGCACGACAACGCGUAUCGCAUCAAGAACGAGAGCGAAAGUACUGUAGCAGCUCAAGUGCAGGGCCGUGGUAAAGGCAGAGAUAGGACUGUACGAGCUGUAGCAAAUAGUGAUGGACAAGGCCACAAGCUAACUAAGCAAAGGAAAGGGAGACGAUACAAAUGGUUCUCCCUCUUGACUUGUGGCAGUAAACACUACUAG